AUGACGUCCACUCACACGAUCCCUGAAGUCCAUAUUGAGCGCACAAGAAGAACAAUCCUAAUAUCAAAACGGCGCUAUCAAUAUGACGAAAGAGUGAGAUUUCCUUCACCCAACCGGACAGUUUCUCGCGGUACGCAAACCCUCGAAAUGUCCGAUUACCCAUCAGCAUUGAACAUGAUGUAUCGGACCUUGAGCCCGGCACCAGGAAGUGGCCGAAAAACUCGAUCAAAUCAUCAUCAUCACCGGACCGAGGAAACCAAACGAAAUAGAAAACACCCGAAAAGUUCGACGGUGAUUACGACUACGAUGACGACAACGGAGAUACAUGAAGCAGAUGCUACCCUCACAGCUACAGAGUCAAUUACAACAUCACCAACAGCGACCAAACGUACUCCUGCAGUAUUAGACGUCGGAAAAAUAGUCGGUAUCAGUCAAUCAGACGGUACUGAGCGAUUGGCCAUGAUCUCUGAAAUGACGACGUUCCACGACUCGAGAAUCGUGAUUGUUUGCGCAUGGCUCUAUAGCCGGGCCGAUAUCAAUGAAGAUUUAAUGGACAAUGCCGGCUUUUCCUCAGAAGAAUCUCAUAAAUAUUUACAGUCUAUGUGGCCCAUUAUCAACAAGGAUGGUACGCUGAUGACGAGCACUGGCCGGUCGCAGUGCGAUUACAUGGUGAGCACGAAACGGACUAUUAUUGUGUCGGAUGCGAUGGGUUCGUCGCUCAAUGCAGUUUCGCCGAUUGUUGCCACGAGAGUGUGUCGCGAUGCUAUAUACCAUGCUGACUCGGUGGAGAGGAGGAUAUGUGAUGUUGAUGAGGGUUCGUGUUAUUGGUUGAAGAAGAUUCUUUGA